GGCGCAGCGCGGCGCGGGGGUGACCGCCGUCCAUCCGAGGGGCCCGCGGGGAGCGCAGGGCUCAGCCCGGCUCUCCGUGCGCGCAGCCGGGUCCGGGGCGCUGCGGGCGCGCUGCUUCGUGGGGGUGGGAAGACCGUCCAGUGCCGGGAUCUGCUGCCACCCAGGUGCUGAGUAGAGAGAGGGUAGUUCUGUCUGUGCUACGGGGUCGUGCCUCUGAUGGGCUCUGUCCAAUGAGUUAGAGAAAGCCGGCUCUCAAGAACCCGGGCACGCAGCGGUAACCACGGCUGCUCCCGUUCCAGCUUGGAUUUGGAAGCAGUUAAUCACUGCGUAGGAACCGGGACUGGAGGAGUCGUGAAUUUGCUUGUGCCCGCCGUGUGGAUGUUGGGUUUCAGUUUCUUCUGUGCCCCCCGUGCUGUGAGAGAGAAGCCAGGUUGGCUCUUCUGUAUGGGUCUGGUGUUACUGUUGGGACGUGGAACUGAAAAUAACUGGGACAAAAUACAAAUUUAUUUUAUAAUCUGGCGUGGAGCUAUUAAAAUACAGGCUUGAAAGUUAAAAAAAAAAAAAAGGCUUAAAAAGAAGUGCUAUGGUCCUUCUCAUAAUGUGCAAAGCUAGUAGAGCAUUUUAGAGGCUGCCUCUAUACGGAAUUGAAUGAGAUCCUUGUGUAGGUUUAUAUUGCGAAAUACUUUCUUCCUCCCCUGAAAGUACCUUCUUCAUACACGUGAUACAUCCACAGUGACGUGUAUGCCAACACGUUCCACACAUACCAUAUAUUGUGCUCAUGUGCAUGGUCUUGGCUGAUAUCAUUGUUCACUUCUUUAAUAUUUUCAGCAUAUUGAAUAAAUGAGGCCUCCCAUAGCUUAGCUUAAGUGGAAAGGAAGCUGAAUUUAUUGAAUACCCAGUGGAAUCAUUAAGAACAGGUAGCUUUUUUUCCAUCUACUCUCUGCAGAGAGGUUACAGACACUUCUGCACGCAUACAAGAGAUGUGCUGUGUUUGGCAUCAUUUUAGGUUGAAUGCCAACUAAUUAGUCAUCUAGCAAAUAUGCUUUAUGAGCAUUAUCAGAUUUCUAAAAUUAAACAACUACUAAAUAUGUAAUGUGACAUACAGUUUAUGUUGAUUUUUAUUUUGAUACAGUUGUCACUUGCAGGAUAUUUUGCAGAAGUAGACCUUUUUCUACAGUAAGUGUUGCAGACUUUCAGCAAAAUGCUAUCAAGAUGGAAAAGUUCUUUGAAUCUCCUUGAACUUCCAUAACUGCAGAAUUGAAGUAAAUAAUACAAGGAAAAAAACGUUCACAUUUCAGUCUAAGGAAAACAUUUGAGUGUAUAUUUCAUGAAAUGAAUAUUAUAUUACUACUUACUACUUCCUUCCUUAUAAUACCUAAAUCAAUCACCUUUGAGUUUUGAACUUCUAAGUAACACAUGGGCAAACCUACUUCAGUUUUGAAAACAAUGCCUGGCACCCUAGCUCCUUAGUGCAAGUUAUUGUCACCUGAUUUGACAAGAAUGAGAACUAAAAACCAAAAUCAACCAGAAGAAGAGACUUCUCUGUAAUGGCCAGAUAUGACCUUUUGAUACAACUCAUCAUGGUCUAAGGAUUAGUUAUAUGCUAUCCAGAUUACGUUUUCUCCAUAUUAUGUGUUUUUUGCUGAUAAGUCUUUUUUGGCAAAUGGGGCUUGUUUCUUAGAAGUGGGUCGCUUGCCAUUAUACAGCAUAGCAAACAAAUGUCAUCGUAGUGGGAAUAUUUAGAGAUGGAAAGUGUAGUGUGUUUUGGUAACAGUAAAGCUGUUUUAUGAUGAGCAGCAGAAUAUUUAUUUUUGUUUUAUUCCUGAAGCUGAUUCACCAUCUAGAUUGCACGUGGCUCAAAAUGAAAUGAAGGUUUUAUUUUAAGAACAAAAGGCCUCACAGUGGUCUGACCGAUGCUGAUUUUAAUCUUCAAAUCAAUGAAAACUUCUAAUUCUAGUGCAAGUGAUGUUUAAAAUCAGACUUGGGGAGCUAGCCAAAUUCUGAAAUUUGCUGGCAUAUUCUAGAGUAACUAUAAAUAACAAUUCAUGAAGAUUUUUGCAUGCAGAUUAGAAAACAUUAGAUUUUGGAGUUUUCCUAAAACUGAAUCCAAUUUCUCUAUGCAUCAUUAAUAGCACUAUGUUGGUGGUUAUAAUGAAGUUAAAUCACCUGAGCAUGCUUAUGAAUGUAAAUGUGGCCUCUCAGGAGGGUUUUGAACCUUAAUGGAAUACAUGGAUCUUGCCCUGUUAUGUGUUAUGUAGUAGCAUUGCUUACCUUGAGGGUGAAUAGAAGAAUGAAGUUCCCCAUGUCAUUUCAUGAACACUGUGAGUUACAAAGUUGCUUCAUGAAACAGGUUAAAAAAUCCAGCAAGUUGCUGUCAGUUAUUAAUCACUGCAAGGUUUGGUAGUGUAAUAAACAAAAACAGAAAUGUUCAUGAAGGAGGUUGAAAGUUCCCCUUGACUUUGGGUGGGAGGAAUCUAAAUCCUUAAAAGGAGUGAGAGAAGCAAAGAGGUUUCAACAAGAAAUUUAAUUAAGUAGAGCAGAAUAGGCAUUUUUGUGCAUGAAAAAAACCCCUCAAGUGCUGUCAGGAAGACUUUAAAAGCAUAACAUUUUGAAUUUCAGUAGUGGGAAAGUAUUUAGGAACUAAUGAAUGAAGUAAUGCUGCAUGAUGUUUGAAAAUAGAGUAGUGGAAGCGAAGUCAGUUAAGUUCUCUGUACUCUGUAUGUGCCAUUUUGCUGUUGUCCUGAAUUUCAGAAUGAAAUUUUUAGUGCAUGUGGAUUUCCCAGUCAUGUCCAGCCUGUAAUCUAACAGAUCAUAAGCACAGAGUGUUGAGAGAAGUCACCUGCAGUGUAAUUAAUGAAAAGCAUUAUCUGCUGUAAAACUUCAUGUUACCCAAAUACUCUUUUGAUUCAGGUGUAAAAUUCUGAAGGAAAACCACUUUCAUUACAGAUUUUAUCUGCUUUUUAAAAUUUGCAUGUGGCAAAAAAAGAACCAAAAACUCUAGAAAAUCACAACAAAACUUUGAUUUUCUCUGAAAAUCACUUUGUUACCUUUCCGCCAGUGAUUAGAUUCAAAAUGGUUGUAGAACUCCAGACAACUUUUUGAUAUAGGAGUAUUAUUAACUUGGAAUAAAAGGUCUGAAUCUGAUUUGCUAUUUUAACACUUCUAUGACUUGACUCGAGGAACUGGCAGAAGUGAGAGCCUAUGAGGUCCAAUUAAAACAUCUGCUGGAUCACAGAACCACAGGGUGGCUGAGGUUGGCAGGGCCCUCUGAGUCCAUCAGACCCAGCUCCAGCAGGGUUACCAGAGCAGGGUGCCCAGAACCACAUCCAGGUGGCUUAUUAAGAUUUCCAAGGAGGAGACUCCACAGCCUCUCUGGGCAGGCUGUACCAGAGCUCCAUCACCUGCAAAGCACAGAAGUGCUUCUUGGUGUUCAGAGAGAACCUUCUGUGUUCCAGUUUGUUCCCAACGUCUCUUGUCCUGGUACUGGCCAUCACUGAAAAGAUCUUGGCUUCGUCCUCUUUGAGCCCUCCAUUCAGGUAUUUAUGGACAUUAAUGAGAACCCCCUGAGCCUCCUCUUCUCCAAGCUGAACAGUCCCAUCUCUUCCAGCCUCUCCUCAUGUGAGAGGUGCUGCAGACCCUUUGUCAUUGUGGUGGCCCGUUGCUGGACUCUUUCCGAUACGUCCAGGUCUCUCUCAUAACGAGGGAUGGAGAGCUGGACACAGUACUCCAUGUGUGGCCUCACCAAUGCAGAGUAGAAGGGAAGGAUUACUUAUUAAGAUCAUAAAUUUAACAUGUUAUGGUAUUUUUAAAAAUUUAGGUGAUAUGUUAACUCAUUAUGCUUCCUUUAGCAAACCAAGAAGUAAUGAAGCAACUGUGGUGUUAGAAGAGCAUCCCUUGCAAUGCCUGUGUAUCUGCUAAUUCUAAUGAAUUUUUCUACUAGGUGUGCCUCUGAUCUUGGGAAUUCUGUUUUUCAGUAAGAUUAAAGAAAGAUGAUGUGUGGCAUGUCUCCUGUUCAAGGCUCUUAGGCUGACUGAGAAACCCACUGAUGUUAGGUCUUAAAAAUCCCUUCUGAGCCCAGCUGUAUCGCCCACAGCAUCUUCCUGGCUCCUUGUGGUGUAGUUGCCUAUCAGUCAGUGAAGACUGGAGCUCUCUUUCUCCUUGGUUCUGCUCAUUUUUGUGAGGUACAGCCUGGCAUGGAAUCUCAUUGUCAGCUACUGAAGUGGUGAUUGCACUUCAGCUUUCUGUUCAGAAGUUGCCAUGCAUACUGGCUCAUGAGUAGAAGGAACAGGACCAUGUUCAUUUACUCUCCUUUUUCCUUCCUCUUUCUCUUGAUCUCAUAACUGUGAAAUUGCAGCAGGACACCUGGUGGAAUUAAAUAUGUUGGCCACUGUUUCCCUUAAGAAAACUGUGAGAGAGCAUCUCGGCCUCUUCCAGGCUGUGCAAUGUUCAGCUUAUGAAUGUUUCUGAAGUUUCAUUUCCUGCCAAGGCAAGAGGAGUUCCUGUAGUUAGGAAAAAGAUGCAGAAUAAAUGUGAAGAGGACAGACAAUUUUCUAUUCAGAAAACAGAAGAGUAUCUACAUUAUUAUCUUCUCUUAUUAAAAAACUCAUACCUACCUUCAAGAUUCCAUUGUCCAGCAUAAUAGAUUUUGUAAUUAUUAUUGUUAUUUUUAGAUUACAAAUGGAAUGGCUGUGAGCAUCACAAAGUGAAGAUGAUUUUUUUUUUUUUCCUCGGGCAAUUGUCCAAUCUUCUUUAGCUGAUGAGAGCAGAUGAUUCAAAGCCUUGUUAACAGGAUAUGGAUAUAUACCUGUAGUUGACUGGUUUGAAUUUGGCCCAGGUUCAUGAUGUUUGAAGUCAUUACCAUCUGUCUGUUGUUCAGUGACCUAUAUAAAAUUAGCUGAUAUUCUUGGUCCAGUUCUUAGUAGACAGGUGCCCACGCUGUGAAAACUGGCACCAGUGUCAGCCUUGUUGGCUGUCUCAGCAGAGAGUAUCUGCUGAACAGACAAAGAAACAGAGCAUUCUUCUCAUUUCUGGAGUUACGUUUUUCCCUUUUCAAGGUUCAGACAUGGUAGUGGAGGAGCGUAAAAGUUGCUGUGUGCUGUUGCAAUCAAUGUAUUUACCUCUGGAUAAAGAAUGUAGUCUGAGUAUUUGAAUUCCACAUUCAUUUUAAGAAAUGACCCACCCAGUUCUAGGUUCUGAAGAGAAAUUUCACAUGUAGCAGAUGUUCUCUUGUUUAAUUCCAUAGCAGAGGACAUGCUUCAUGCAAUUGCUUUUUAUGCAGAAGGCAAAAAUUGGAAAAGAAAGCACCAAAUCUUUCACAAACUGUUUUUUUUUAAUAAAGAAAGUGUGUAGCAGCUACAUUUCUUUUUUUUUUUUUUAAUGUAGAUGUGGGAAGUGACGUAAUGUAAUUUCAUGUAUCCUGAGACUGAUCUCAUAGCAGUAACAGCAACCACACUUAGCAUUUAAAUUGUACUUUGCGCGUUGAAACCUUUGAACAGACUUGUUUGCUAAGGUUUGCAGUUGCUUGUGUGACUCUUGAUGGCAAAAUCUCCAAUCUGCAGUGAGUUUGUGCAGGAUUUGACUGUUUACAUACAGUGGAGAUCUCUGUGGUGACAGUUGCCUAUGGAGACAAGGGGAUAAUGGAGUCCAAAGUCUUUUACUGGGAGCUCUGCUGCAGUUCAACCCAUAUGUUGGUAUCAAACGCAUGGGAAAACUGUCUUAUGUUCCUCUUCACGGGGUUAGGGCCUGGCAUCACUUCUGCAGCCCACAUGUAGCAUCUCUAUCAAGCACUGAACUAUUCUGGCUUUUUGCAGGGGUUGCUUUUAAUUCUACCAGAGCUGCUUUAAAGUAUAUUAUCUUGCAGGCAGUGAUUCAGACUUAACUGUUCCCACUGCAGUGUGUAGGACUCUCCUCCUAUUUCAUUGACAUAAAAAUACACACCAGUAUGUUAAAAAUAGUUCUUCAGUGUUCCUGAAGAUUUAUGGUGGUUAGAUGCUUUCUGAAUACCCAUUGAAGGGGAAGUACAAGUGGUCAUAUUUAAAGUUGAUUGCCCUGCAUUUUGUUGCCAGCUGUAGAAGGUUAAGUUUUCUGAUAGGAUCUUCUGCUUCCACAGCCUGAGUUGAUUAAGUGGUGCAACGUGCUUAUUUUGGAAGGCUGCUUGAAUCACUAGUAAGAGUAGGUUAGGUGACUGCAAAUCACCUCAUCGUUGACAGGAAUUCCCAUAAUUAAUAAUAAUUUAAAAAGACAAAAGGCAUGACUCACUCUUUCUACCCCCACUAUAGUUCUCAACUGGAGUUAGCAUGUUCUGUUCUACAAUGAAGGGAAUAGAGGAUAGGUUCUGGUAUCACCAUGGAUGCUCUUGGCUUGGCCUUGAGUGCUGAGAUGCUCUAGAAAACCCAGUGUUUGGCCUUAACAGUUGUGGACUGUUGUAGGUGGAAGAUGUGGAGCACAUCAGGGCUGCAGAUUGGAGGAAAAGCAUUAGGGGAAUAAUUAGCUUCCACUAUCCCUUGCAGUUUUCUUUUCUCCUACCAAACAUUUUAAUGUUUGACCACAGUUUUGGGUUUAAUGGAAGGAUUUUCAUACCUGUAAUAUGUGGAUAUUUUUUCUUCCUUUGUGAUGCCUAAAAUGUUUGCAGAUCCUUGUUCAUCUGCCAUUAUCUAAAGGCCUAAAACUUGUUUUUAACAUUUGUUUUGUCACUAUACUGCCAUCAUGUCAGGGGAGCAAACUAAGGUCCUGUUACUGAAGUCAAAACAGAUAUAUAUGUCACCAGUUUUGGACCUGUUUCUGAUGUAGAAAUGGAAACACUUAUACAAGCAAAUGUGAUCUUUAUUUUUCUGCAAUUUUUCUGCAAAAUACAGGAGUAUACAAUGGAUGUCUUCUUCCGUCAGACAUGGGUAGACAAAAGAUUAAAAUAUGAUGGCCCUAUUGAAAUUUUAAGACUUAACAACUUGAUGGUCUCGAAGGUGUGGACUCCUGACACUUUCUUCAGGAAUGGGAAAAAGUCUGUUGCACAUAACAUGACGGCCCCAAAUAAACUCUUCAGAAUAAUGAGGAAUGGCACUAUCCUGUAUACAAUGAGGCUUACAAUAAGUGCAGAGUGUCCCAUGAGAUUAGUGGAUUUUCCCAUGGAUGGUCAUGCUUGUCCUCUCAAAUUUGGGAGUUAUGCAUAUCCAAAGAGUGAAAUGAUUUAUACCUGGACAAAAGGACCUGAGAAGUCAGUGGAAGUUCCUGAGGAGUCUUCCAGUUUAGUUCAGUAUGACCUGCUAGGGCAUACGGUAUCCAGUGAAACCAUUAAAUCUAUUACAGGUGAAUAUAUUGUUAUGACAGUAUAUUUCCACCUCAGACGGAAAAUGGGUUAUUUUAUGAUUCAGACGUAUAUCCCAUGCAUUAUGACUGUGAUCCUUUCUCAAGUUUCAUUUUGGAUAAAUAAGGAAUCUGUACCAGCUAGAACUGUAUUUGGAAUAACCACAGUGUUGACAAUGACGACGCUGAGCAUCAGUGCAAGACACUCACUGCCAAAAGUAUCAUAUGCUACUGCCAUGGACUGGUUCAUAGCAGUCUGCUUUGCCUUUGUGUUUUCUGCUCUUAUCGAGUUUGCUGCUGUCAACUAUUUUACUAAUAUUCAAAUGGAAAGAGCCAAAAGGAAGACUGUAAAAUCCCUCCUUGAAUUUCCAGUUGCUCCAAUACAAAGAGAAAAAUGUACAGAAGAGACACACACGAGUACAGAUGCCAAUUCAAAUGUGAGGAAAAGAACGAAUGCCACAGUACAGUCAGAAGCUGAUGGUGGGAGUCGAAUUGACACAAGGCACAGCUCCAUCCAGCCUCCCUCUGUAGCUCAGGGGUCUUCUGACGUUACACCCCAUUCCCUUUCUGCAUCAAGUCCCAACCCUUUCACACGUAUUAAUGCAUCAGAGACAUUGUCUUCUGCAAGAGCUACCCCUCCAGCUCCUCCUUCUACCCCAAUUUUAACUGGAUUUGUAUCCCAGCAUGCCACAGUUGGAUCCCCUUCCAUUCAGCACUUGCUUGGAUCUAGACUGGAGCAGAUUCAGACCACCACACCUCAUACAUUAGGAGCAUCUGCAAAACCAUCUGCUGUCACACCACCUGUUCCCCCUGCCUCUCAUUCUGGCACUAGUAAGAUAGACAAAUACGCACGAAUUUUAUUUCCUGUUACCUUUGGAGCAUUUAACAUGGUCUACUGGGUGGUGUAUCUAUCCAAGGAUACCAUGGAAAAAUCAGAAAGUCUAAUGUAGUUUUGCUGCUAUGUAGUAGUUCCUAAAUUAUACUCACAUUUGAUGCAGAGUUUCUUCUUUUGAAACUAUUUAAAAAGUCAAUAAUUCUUGUUUAUAAAAGCUGUAUGCUACUUUCCCAUUGUAAAGGCUGGAGUUCUUGGGGAUAAUGAGGUAAUUCUUAAAAAUAGGUAACAGAAUUCUCUUCCUCCCUUCAGCUAGGAGUGAAUCAUCACUCUUCAGACAGACUACUUGCCUUUGGGAGGAACAGGUACAGGGAAAAAAUCAAAGAUGGAGGUGCACAACUGUGCAGUGGAACUCAUCUCCACUGCUAGGAGUUAGGCAUGUUGAUUGUAAUGGAUCCCUGAGGCACCUAGCACUGUCAUCUGGACACACCAUUGCAUUUCUUGACUUCAAGGCCCAUGUUCUGAAUAUUCUGACAGUACCUGCUAGAAAAGGACUUUUUGUGCUAGGCUAAAAUUGGCAGAAUGGGGGGAAAAUGAGCAAUGGGAAAAGAAAAUAGAGUCCAGCCUGGGAAAGUGCAACUCCAGAAGAGUUAUGCAAAGGAGUUGUAGAGCUCCAUAUAUUUUUACGAAGCAUUAUUUUGCAUUGCAACCUUGGAAAUUCUCACUUCAAAAUAAGAAUGAAUUAACCUUAUAAAAUCUGAAAUCUGAAAUAAUUCUCAAAAUUGGAAUUUUUUGUUUGGUAAAGUGAUCUUAAAUGUGAUUCUUCUUAGGCGGUGCUGACCAGCUUGAGUGGAUUUAUUUCUAAAUUACAUCACAUGAUAGGAUGGGACUAGACCCAGUGUUCAAAUUUUUGAAUUCUUUGUUCUUUGGAUGCUUAUGGAUUUGUUAAUUGUUGUUUUAUUUGUUUGUUUUCCAUAUUUUUCAGUCACACACCUCUAAUUUCCUUUGAACACAUAUUUUUCUUUUUCUUUUAUUAUAUAACAUUUGAGUCAAGUUAAAUUUUCAACAAAUUUUGAAGUGGCUUCAAAAUCGGGGAAAACAUAUUUUUCUGUGCUUUGGUACGUGUGGCUAUGGCACAACUUUGAGUGAAUGUGAGACACCCUUUUGUGAAGGAACACUGUGACAUAAAUGCAAAAAACAUUUCUAGAUGAAGCAGGGGAAACACGAGGUCUAUUUAAGGUCCAUUAGUUUCUCUUACACUGUGGGUGCUUUCCAUAGUGGUUCAGUGUACAAACAACUACUUUUCUUUAAAAAAAAAGUGAACACUUUAAGCCUGAUAAAAGUCUUAUCAACAUAGUUCUUUUCACCUGUAUGAGUGGAGGAUAUGCUGGCCAACAGUCUGAAGGUUUUUGCGGAGAUCCAUCUGGCUAGGCAAAUGGUUAGCAUUUCUAUGCAGGUGACAAGUGAAUAUCAAAGUCCAAAUUCUCAGAUGCAAUUUGGCUGUGUUUUUAAAUGACUGGGGAGAAGCCGAUUCUCCUUUGCCUGAACUAAUCAUUAGCUACAGUUAAUUGACAUAGCAGAUUGGUAGCCCAUUGUCAAAGUUUUAUGCUGGGCCCAUUGAGGUGGGUGUUUUGGAGUUAUCUGCUCAAGUAAUGAUAAAGUGGCUAAGAGUCUGAUGGAAACCACAAGCAACUGGGGUAAUCAAGGCACCCCUACACAGAACUGGGACGAGAAUCACUGUACAGUGACCAUAUAUCUCUAUCAGUCCAAACAUUAUAGCUAUUUUGCAGCUGAGAAUCUGACCUGCUAGCUUACAGGAUCUUGGAGACUGUAGGAGUUGUGUAAUACCGCAUGUAGUAUGGAUUCUGGGCUACUAUUUCAUAUAUAACGUCGGAAUGUACAUGGUAGGAUUCAUAGGAUUUGGAAUGUCUUACGUGUCUUUAUCAUGAUGUAGUAGUAUAAACAGUUACCUUAUUCUUUUUUUUGUUCACUUAAAUGAUGUUCUCAAGACGGUAGGCAAAGUCCUCACCUUUUAUAUAUAGAAGAAUCCUGAGAUCAUAGUGCUCCUUAGAAAACCAUUACACAUUCCAAAACACAGAAUAGGAAAUGGAGCACACAUGCAGGUUGUCACGCUGCAGUAGUUUGCAUCUUCAGGUGUAUCACUGGGAGGUGGGGCUGAUCUUCCCUAAUUUAGUCACAUUAUUGCAGAUUAUCAGAAAAGCAGAUACUCUACAACAGAGAACAUUUGUUUAUUUUGUGAGGUUGGAAGUGAAAAAGUACUAAUCCUCUGGCAAUUGCUGAUCAUAAUUGCACAAAGGGUAAUUUUUUUUUCUAGUGUGAAGAACAAUGGCUUUAUGUGUGUUAAGAACCUAGUGUUUGCUCCAAAAGUUAUUGAAAUUACGCUUUGAUUUUUUUCUCUGAUGAAAAAUGAGGAUGUUUUCUCUUAGAGCUCUAAAUGAUUCACUCUAAACAGCUGUCUCUUCCUUUGCACCCAUCCCCCUAUACUGCUCAUAUAAUCAGCUUUUUUUGUGGAUUGUUCAGUAGAAUCAACACUGGUUCAGGCUGUUUAGCCAAGGUUGAAGUAAAUGUGCUAUUUGGAUUCACUUGUUUCAUUUUAAAGACUUAUAAGAAGGAGAAAAUGAUUGCAGUAAUUAUUUGAAUUCAAAAUACUAAUUUCUGUGCUUCUCUGUUACAAGAAAUUUUUUAUGAUAUCUCAGAAGAAAUAUGUUUUUAACCUGUCAGUCAAUUCCUGAAUUACCUUCUGAUGCUUGCAUGUUUAUAUUCAAAAUGAGAUAUUAAAAAAAAAAUCUCAUUAUGAGCCUAGGACUAAUUUAUUGUACUGUGCUACAUUAUUGUGUUACAGCCUAAGAAGAAAUUACCAUAACUAGGUUUCCAAAGUACAUAAGGGCAAUGUAAAUAGGGAGUUUUUCAUCAUCUUUAAUCUCCCUGCAGAAUGAUCAGAAACAGUAAACACCCUGCAGUAUGCUCAGAAAUACUGGCAGGUUCUGAAUACUGUGCAAUUUAGAAGCAUGGAAAAAAAAAUAAAGCAGGAAAAUGCUAAAUAUAGAGGGUCAAAUGUUCAAUACUGGUAAAUAAAAUCCAAAGGGAGUUGCAUGUGUCAUUUCAGUGCCCACAUAGGUCUCUAGGGCUGAUUUAGAGUGUAAUAAACUUUACAGGAAUUGUGGGAUUUUUGGUGUUUUUUUUUAAAAUUUAUUUUUAAUUUUAUUUUUUAUAUUGGUUUUGUUAGGUGAUCUUUCUUGAUAGUAAUAUAGCCAUUUAGAACUAACCAACCACUUCAGUCAUCUUUAUUACCAGGAAAGAAAAGAGUAUAGAGACCAAAAAAAAAAACAAAAACAAAAACAAAAAACCAAAAACAAAUCUUACCCUUACCAGGAAACAAAGAUCAGUCCCACUAACUGCUGUUUCCUCGGAGACAUUGUUACCAAUAGCAAAACUCCUACAGAUUUCAGAGAUGCAGCCCCAGCCAGUAAUGGAGUCAUUAGAGAAAGACAGUUAAAAGCUCAGUUCAAGAAUAUUGCCUUCACAUGCAUUGAAGCAUAUUUCGUAGUCAAUUGUGAGGUUAACAUAGCAAGGUCAAAUGUAUAUUAGCUCAGUAUUAAGGGUUUUCACUGCAAUCACUAGAAUUAUGAAGUGAAGAGGCAAACCUAGAUCCCAGUCCCACAUAGUGACCUGAGCUCUUAGAGUUCAGCAGCUGAAGUGGGGUCUGGCUUCUCCUACAGAACGGACUUGUCUCCGUCAAUUGGAUAUCAGUGGCACAUUUCUGAGACACUCUGGGUUUCUCUUCCUGCAGGAUUUUUAGGAAAAAAAAACAGGUUUUGUAAACUGUUAAGUAAUUCAGUCUACGUUACCUUACAGUCUGACAAGUAGAUCACAUGAUAAUUGAAUGAAAGAAGCAAAUAAUUUAUUAAGGAAUGUGCCUAAAGCUUUUUGUUUAUCAGGAACUAAAAUUUAUUGAUUACAGGGAGUUCAGAUGCAACCUUAGGCAUCUCAUCAUUUUCAUUAUUUAGGGUGGACUUUGCAAAAAGCUGGGAAAGUAAAGUGUGUAUAGGUAAUAGGAUUGAACCACUGCUUCAGAGAAAAAUGAAUGUAUUCAUCUUUUGAAUAUGUGCAGAAUUCUGUUUUCUUCUGUUUUCUUGCAUACCUCCUGCAUGUCAUUCUGAUGCAGUGAACCUUACGAUGUAGUGAAGAGACUGUGUACCAUGCAACAGUAUCUGAAUCCACGGUUUAUAUUUAUCUGGAUCCUAACUUUACCAUCUGCUUGUGCCAUCGGAGAUGGAGGGAACUUCUAUUAAAAUGGAUAGCUGUUCUAUGGCUAACACAGUUAUAAUUACAACACAGAUAGCUGAAAAAUGUUCUUGGAUUUGUUUAAUCCUAAAGUUAAAAUGGCAGAUUAAGAAAAUGACAAAUGCCUGACUGAGAAGCCUAGGUGAAGUAUAAUAUUUAAUGAUGAUGUGGAUAAAACCAAGUAUUGGAGAACUGCAGACAUGUGGCGGUAAGCUUACAUGAUGCCAUGGGAAGUGAGGAGAAUGGGAGAUGUUUCUCUGGAUGGUCUAAUGAGCAUAACGCAAAAGGGUGCGCAGUUGGUAAACUUAAUGCAAAUCCAAUGGUUAAAUGGACUUAUGGAUAUCGUUAUUUAAAAUGAACAAACAAGACAACAAAGAAUUUAGUCUAGGAAAGAAACAACCAGUUAAGUGAUGACAGCCUCUUUAUCUUUCCCAAACAGUUUUUUUUUUUUUUUUUUUUUUUAAUUUUAUUUUUCUAAGACCUAAUAUUUCUUUCACAGUGUGAUUCCAGAUUAAGAUACUUAUGUUUAGAUUGCUGGGAGAAAAUGUACUAACAUCAAUGUGGGGCUUUUUGUUGACUUAAGUACACUUCAAACAGGAAGUUAUGCUGGUUCCUCUGGAAGGAGAAGUGUAUCAUUUUGCAAGAGUCUGAUAAAUACUAAUUCUUCUAAGUCCUCACUAAGUCUUCAUUUGUAGGUCUCUACUCAGAAGCAAGUUGUUGCACUUUUGGAGAAUGUAAGUGUGGUGUGCAGUUUCAGCAUGUUCUGCAUUCAUCAGACUUUGAAAGUAAAUUUUUGGCACAUUCCAAGCAAGUAGUGUGAGUAGUGUGAAGUACAGAGAAUUCAGAAAAGGUCUCUCUUUGCUUAUGUUAUUUACCGUGUUCCUAACUAGACAGAACAAAAAAUGCAAUUCUUAUAAAAUUGACAGAACUUGUGAAGCAUACUUUGUGUUCACAUGGAUUAGAAAAUGUGGUAGGUACCAUUUUCAGAAUUGAUUAGUUUUAUAUUCUAGUCUGUAACUGAAUGUAUCUACAGAUUUCUCUUACACUUUCUUAUUCUUUUUAUAUCACUCUGCUAGAGAGGAGUUGCUUCAAAGCAAGCCAGUCACUAUCCACUGCAGCUCACCAUGUUUUCUGGUCAGAAUUCUGUUUUCAUUGUUUUAUGCAAGAGAAACCAAGAGCAUCAUGACAUUUUUUGAAAUAAAAAUAAACUGGAAAAAAAAAAAAAAGCCUUGGAGAUUCCCUUUUUAGGAGAACAACCAAACUCCCACCAGCUAUUGAAUGAUCUCUUCAAAUAGCAGCAUAAUUCUAGCAUUUAAAAAUACUACUGUGAUCACAUCCUGUAUAUGUAUUUAUAAUAAUAUUCAAAUCUCUGAAUUGUGAGGGAAGCAGGCUCCAGAUGCACCAGCAAGCAGUCUUACUUUGAAAGACUAUCUUUCUGGAUGCAAAGCACCGUGUGAGGUAGGUAUUAUUUAUUUAUUUAUUUCAAUCUUCAUAUCUCCAUUUUCAAUAAAAAGAUCCUGAAGAAAAAAAAAAUUGUGCUACUGAAUUAACCCUCAACUAGCACAGAGACCUGGGUUGUCUCCUGUUGUUUGUCUUGCUGCUCUUAUCUAUUUCAGCAUUUGCUAUGUGUUUUAGUAAAUGCUGUAACCAUGUUGAAUUAAGUGCUGUUAACUGGCAUAACAUUCUACAGAUGGUCUGUUGGCAUAAAGAAGAGAAAUAAUCUUAUUUGUGAAUAUGUUUUGAUCCUUGGAAAAAUCUUAGCUGGAGAUUGGUAGAAGAAGCAGGUGACUGUAUGAAGCACUCAGCUGGACUUCUGAAUUCAAUGCAUUGCAAAAUUAAACUGAGUACUGACUUGUCUUGAGCUGAUGUCUCGUCUCCAUGGUAAGUAAAGAUACAGAAGUAUGGAGCACUUGGAAAUUAAGAACAUGUACAAGUAUGUAUUUAUAGUGCUUUCAAAAUGUGAGAUAGUUUAAAGCUCCUCGAUAUACAAUAGUUUCAUAGCCUGUUUUACAGUUGCAAGCUUGAAAACCUAGCUGCUAAACUUUGUGAGGUUGUUAAAUAAAUCAUUUUUUGUACUUCAAGUAAACAUUUUUUUGUAUGUACAUGUAUUUCAUAUUUUAUCAAUUUAUGGCAGUGUUUUCUGGCAUCAGACCGGUUGUGAAGGUUUGAAGAAUUUUGAAUAGCCGUAAUUCCCAUAUAAUUAUAUUAUAGCAUCGUUUUGUAACUGAUGGGUGCCUUUGCAGCUCAAUACCAGAAGCAGUCAUGGUGGAAAUGAAUCUACUUGUGCCUGAUACAGUCCUUGAGAAUAUGAGCUAUAUUUGAAGGGACUGUGGAUAGAAACUGGCUUAUGUAUUACCAGCCUCUGAAGCACUCUGCACCAGACAGGCCACAUUAUUAUGCAUUACACCAUUAGGACUGUUAUUACGCUGCCAUAAAACUGAAUUACUGCUAAAGGUAGUACUCCUACUUUAUUGCUUUGUGUUGGGAGACGUACCCAUGUGGUGAUGGUGGUCUGGCUGAAAUAACUUCUCUAGCUAAAAGCAACUUUAUCUUGUGGCUGAGUUAGUAGCCAGCUGGAUCAGUUUUUGCAGUUGUUAGUGCUGCUACAAAGGAAGUGAUGAGAAGGUUGGGAUUGAUAUGAUUUCACAACAACUUUAGUCCAGCGGAAAACAACUGGAGGAUUCUUAUUCUGACUCCACUGGCUAUAAAGAAGAGGCUUUCUGGAACCUCAGUUGCCCUAUGUGGUCAUUUUUACCACUACAAAGGUGAUUUUGUCAAUUUUGUCAAUGCGAAACAGUGGAUAAAAAAAAUAAAUACAAAAAGGCCAGGAUUUAUGAAAGAGCUUAAGUCAAGUUAUUUGAGGCAAGAGGAAAGAGGGAAGAAAAAGGAAAGCAUCAGUAAAGAUGAAAAAUUUAGUUACUUGCUACCAAGCAGUUAUUUUAAGAUAUGUCCCAUUAGAGGUACUAGAACAGCAUCUGGCAGGAAACAGCCUAGAAAUAAUUAUUUCUUCAUUAUGAGUAUAAUGAGAAAGUAAUAAAGAAGUCGCUAAUGUUCUCUUAGAAACAUUUAUGUUCCAUUGCAGUUGUUUUCAUUAAAAAGGGUAUUUUCAUAGUCAUCCAGGAAGAAUUAAGAGGCAGAAUGCGAAGUAAAAAGAUUGAGUUUUAUUAAGUAUCAGUCUUUCUCUCCGAUUUGGAGAAUUUCUAUGCCAAAAAUAUAAACAGUAGAAUUCUUUAUCUUUCAGGGACUCCAUAUAUUUCAUUUUCAGUAAUGAAACACUUUGGAACGUUUAGCAUUUAACUUGCUUUAUGUUUAAGAGACCAAAUAGAGAGAUUGCUGUCUGGUUUAGCUCUGUUAUAGGAGGAAGAAAAAAAAAUAGCAGCAAAAGAUUUCUUUACAGUGUCAUCCAGUUUUUGGAACUAUUAUGCCUUCCUUCAAAAUCUGAAGACUUCAUUCUUGUACCUAGAUUCAUGGGAGCUUUUUAGCAUCAGACCUUUCUCUGUUCAGUAAUCUAGUCAGUACAACAGCUUGUAGGGUACAGCUGCAUUUGAACAUCCACAACCUUGGCACUUGCACAUCAUGGAUCCUGUGAAAGGAAAAGAUGAGUUUGUAGCACACUGCUUGCCCACAUGAGAACUCUCCUUGCUGAUGUGGAAGAAGGUAGGAGCCAAUGGUCAGAAACAGGAGAUGAAAGGAAGUUGAGUUUCCAUCUUUUGGAGAGGGUGCAGAUUUUAUACUGGCUUAGGCCACUUACAGAAAUGCCCCUUAAACUUCUUCCCAACUGGGAGGCUUAGAUGGAAGCUGUGUGUUAUAUGGGACUCAGUACCAGUUGCAAAUCCUGCCUGAGGACUGGCACACUUAAUCUGUCCUAAGGCUUCUGAUGCUGUGGCUGGAAGACUAGAAAGACUGGAGCUAGCAGUGACUGCCAGCUGGGACACAUCCAUGUCGCUGUGCAUCCAAGCUGUACUAUGGUGAAUCAGGGCCCUCAGAGUACUGUGGGUGGGAUGCAAAAAGCUUUCUUGGAGUACAAAGUAGGUCAGGCUGGAGCUGAAGAAACUUCCUUCAGCUCAGCACUGCUGCUACUGGCUGUAACAGCACUGAACAUCCCAAAGGAGGAUCAAGGUUUACUGCACUCUGACCUUCUCCUUGGACAUCUGCUAAUUGCUGUUAUAUGGAAAAUAGGCAGACAGACAUGUACAUGCAUGGUAAUGAAACUGAACAUGCUGCUGCUUGAUUAAUGUCCAUGGUCUCUGUGGUCACUUUCAUAGUCCUGUGGUGGUUAAAAAAAAACAACACAAAAAGAGUCCAGCCACACAAGAUCUGCUCCUGAAGCCCAUGCUAGCAGCCUGUGGGCUUUCCUGGAAGCAAAAUAACAUCUCUGAUUUUACAGAUAUAGUUACUAUGCCCCUAUGAGUUGUCCUGAUGUAACUUAAACAUUGCAAAAGGGCCUUUCUCUUUGAAUCUUACUUCUCCAUUGUGCUAUGUAUUUGUGAAGAAAAUAACCAAGCUCAGUUUCCCUUACUUUCCCUCAUCCACACUAAAUUCUGAUCUCAUUUGUAUUAUUAUUAUUAAAAAAAAAAAAAAAAGGUGAAUUCCUCACCUCAUUGUACAUCUGUCCAGCAGGAGAAGGUAUCCCUGUGCUGGGUAGGAACGGCUGAGCCUGGAGACAAGCAUUUUGCUGAGGUAAGAUAUGAGAAUUAUUAGAUCUGCUCAUUAGCUAUUAAAAAUCACUACAUCUAUGAUCUCUGAACACGUGCUUCAGCAUGUCCUGCUCCUUUUUCCACUGUUUUUUUUUUUAAGUAAUUUUAAACAAUUUAUAUUUAAUUUAUUGUAUUGUAUUGGCAUUAAGCUACUCUAUUCCUCUCCCUCGUGGCAAAUGGAGAAAUGCUGACUAGAAACUAAGCAGGCAGUAUCAGUAACCACUGCCUUUGGUUUGUAGCAGUAAAAAUUAUACAUUGUGUUGAAGGCUAUGUGGUAACACUUUUGUGGCCAGGACCCUUCAUUUGGAAUAAUCCAGAGUGUAGAUUCAUUAGCAAAUACACAGAGCAGUGACAGUAUGUCAACAGUCUGGCUGCAGGCACAGUAUUUACUUGUUGGUGAUAAAUCAUCCAUGUUAUAGUUGACUCAAUGUAUGAUACAGUUCCUGUGUUUCUCCUCACCUUUACCUACAAAUAACAUGGACCACCUUUUCUCUUGAAUUCUCAAAUCAUGGUACUUAGAGAGGUACUCAUUUCUGUGAUGGUGGCUAAUUCAAAAUGUAAUGGCUGUGCCAGCUGAGGAACCAAAAGAAAAGGGGAAUUUCUCUUGUGGAUAGAGCAGCUGAAAUAGCUGUGUGUCAUUUUUAAGUUGGAACUGAAAAAAAAAAACAAACAACAACUCAACAAAACCAGGAAAAAGUUAACACUAACAGGUUUUUUAUUACUUGUAAGCUUUUUCUGUGAAGCCCUGUCCAUUGCAGCCAAAGCGUUUGGGUUUAAGCUUAGACCAUUGUUAGAAAUACUCUCAGUGAAAAAGAUGAAGCUUUCUGAAGUAUUUUGUCUUUCUUUUUCAUAAAAGUUAUGACAUGCAGAAAGUAAUGCACUGAACCACCAUAGUGGAAAUGCCUCUUUAGCAUCCUCUUAGGGAAGACCCAAAUCUCCCAACUUUUCUAUUUCUGCAAUAUGUGAAUGUCCUAGAUGCAUGCUGUGAGAGUUUGUGCCAUGGCAAAUUCUGAUGUGUAAUCCCUUCGUAUUGACUCAUACAUGGGCAAAAACGGAAAGGAAAUCAAAGCAAGGGAAGCCUUGAGGUUGAAUUAUUUUACAUUAUCCUUCACACAUGUUUUUGUUGCAUGGAACAAUGUGGCUGGAAGAUUGGAAGAAUCAGAGGUUAACUAAAUUUUUUGAAUGCAUAUAUUUAGUGCUGGUCACCUGACUAUACUAACAAACUGAAAAGGUGGUUUGAUAGCUGUCAACUUGUUUUACUAUUGUGCAGCUUAACUGUUACCUUCCUGUAUAAUGAACAUCUCUGUAUUUGGAAAAUAAAUCCAUCUUGCAAGAAAGAUUGUGCAAAAAUUGUUCCUAUUAUACUCCAGUGUAUAUUGCUGAUGUCAAAUAAAAUACAAUUGUGAGAGUUCUUAAA